UCCUUGCCUUUAUAGAUUGCCUAUUUUAAUUAAAUUUUUGACGAUUCGUUUGGUUUUUGCUUCUUAAUCGAUGUAAUUGAAUCAAAAGUUGAUUACAUGUCUACCACUUUUCGGUAGUCUGCAACUAAAUCAGUGACGUCCAAGUGCGAGGUCACCGCAGUGCAUUCGGGCGUUGGGAUGUUCGGUUUCGUCUGUGUUUUCUAUGUUUCGUUAUUAUGUGAUGUGAAAUUGUCUUGUGUUUUCAUGAUCUCCGUAUCAUGACAAUAAGCAUGUGUGAUUCCGGAAGAAAUCCACAAACCAUGGCGCAGGAGAACGAUGAUAUAAACUUAACCCCUCAGGAACUGCAGGUGCUCUCGGAACUUGACAGUCGACUCUUUGGAUUUCUAAAACUGAAUGCGACAGAACAUGCCAAAACAAAAGCUUUGGUAUUGAAGGCCAUUAAGUACUUGCAAAGAAUGCUAGUUCAAGCACAGAAUCAAAAAAUGCAGUCUGAAUUCAAGAAGCCACCUUUACCUAAAAGAAAAAAGAAAAUUAAGAAAAGUGUCAAGACUUCGGAGGAGAAAGUUUCUCCUUCUGAUGAAUCAAAAGAAAAAUCAGGUGAUUGUGAUUCUGAGAAAAAUAAUGCGAGUACAAGUUCUGAUUCUAAAGGUAAAAGUGAAUUGUCUGAAUCUAAAGACAAGCCUUCAAAUCUAGAAGAGCAGAGCGAAGGUUCAUCUAAAAGUAAAGACGGAGAUAAUUCUGAAAAGCUAGAUCUUGCUGUUGUUAAAAUUGAAAAUGACAGUGACUGUGCCAUGGAUGUGUCUUGUGAAGAGGGGGACACGAAAAGUGAUCCAAGUUGUACAGAAAAUGAAGGGAAAUGUGACAAUUCCACCUCAGAUAUUUCUGCAGCCCCUAUACCGUCCGAAACUAGUGACAUUACUGACUGUAAAGUGAAAGAGGAACAGGGGGAAGCAUCAGUUUCAAAAAAGGAAAGUGAAAGAACUGUUGGGGACCAAGUUGUUGAAGAGAGUGAUUGUGGUGCUGACAACAAUGACGACGAUGAUGGUGAGGAGGAGGAGGAAGAAGAUGAUGAUGAUGAUGAAGAUGACGAAGAUUUGAAAAGAUUAAGUGAAAGUGACAAAGAUAUUAAUAUUGACCCUAAAACAUACUGCAAGCUUGGCCAUUUUCAUUUGCUACUUGAAGACUAUCCCAAAGCUCUGUCGGCUUAUCAGCGCUUUUUCUUCUUGAAAUCCGAUCAUUGGAAGGACCCAACCUUCUUGUACGGCCUUGGUCUGGUGUACUUCCACUUCAAUUCAUUCCAAUGGGCUGUGCGGGCGUUUCAACAAGUGCUGUACGUCGACCCGGUCUUCCAGCGAGCGAACGAGGUCCACUUGCGGCUUGGGUUGAUGUUCAAAGUGAACAAUGAUCCAGAAUCGGCAUUGAAGCACCUCAAGCUCUCGUACGUGGACGCGUCGCCCAGCACGUUCUGCAAGCUAGAGAUUCAAUUUCAUAUUGCUCAUCUAUACGAAGUGCAGAAGAAGCACAAGCUUGCUAAAGAACUCUAUGAGCAACUGCUCAAAGAGAAGGAUCUUCCACUUCACUUGAAAGCUGAUAUCUACAGGCAGCUAGGAUGGAUGUACCACAAUGUUGAGGCAUUUGGAAGUAAAACUGAGCGUAUGACAUUAGCCAUUCGCUGUCUAGAAAAGUCACUGGAAGCUGACAGGAAUUCUGGACAAACCCUGUACCUCUUAGGAAGGUGUUAUGCUUCUAUAGGUAAAGCAGAUCAUGCCUUUGAUGCUUACCGAAACGUUGUUGAAAAGACUACUCCAACUGCCGAUGUUUGGUGCUCUAUUGGAGUUCUAUACCAACAACAGAAGCAGUACGUAGAUGCUCUACAAGCCUACGUUUGUGCAGUUCAGCUUGACAAGUGUCACUCUGCAUCUUGGAUAAAUUUAGGUAUCUUGUAUGAAAGUUGUAGCCAGCUAAAGGACGCUUUGGCCUGCUACAUUCAUUCAGUUAGAGCAAGUAAGGAUAAAGCUGCCGGUGUUGGUAGUGGUACUACGUCAUCUGAAUCAGGUCCAUUAAAACCUUGGCACAUAAGUGCUAGACCACAAAAUACUGACUCUGCCAAUUCUGACAUCAGCCAGCGCAUUGCUUUCCUCCAGACACAAUUGGCAAAAACUCCAAUGCCUAGCAUUACCAGCAAGGCGGAGUUGCCAACUAUUGAGGAGGCGUGGAAUACUCCUGUUGUAAGUGACUGGAAUUCUAAACACCAACCUCAGCAAAAGCGUCAUCCAGGUAUGGCUCAGCAAGGCGGACCCAAACCAAAUCACUAUGUGAAUGGUGUGAAUGGAGGGGCAGUCCCACCGCCUCCAUACCCAGGGGCUGUUCCUGGGGCUGGCCCGAAUGCCAAGCGGUUUAAGCCCAAUGGUGAGGUGGACAAUGGCAUGGUUGGUGCUGCUGGCAUGGGUCACGCCCGGCCUCCGCAGGCACAGCCUCAGCAACCUCCCCCAUACUAUCUCAAUCAGCAGCAGCUCCAGCUACUGCAAUACUACCAAUCUCAUGUUGAAUCUCUCAAUCCUCAACAAAGGCAACAAAUGCAGCAAUUCCAGCACCAUUACCGACUGAUGCAGCAACAUCAGCAGCAGUUGCGAAUGCAGCAGCAACAGCAACAGCAACUACAUGCUGGUGUUUCUCCUGUCCAGCAACCAGGACAAGUUGCUAGGCCUCCUCAGCAAUCCUUACAACAACCAUCUGUGAAGAGUUGUCCACCACAAGCGACCGGAGUUGCUCCUCAGUCUGGAUUCACUGAACCAGGUUCAAAUUUUGCUGCCACUCCAAAUAGUCAGGCAGGCAUGCCAUAUCAGCAAUAUCAACAGCAACAGACUCAACAAACUCAGCAACAGCUAUCAGGUUUCAAUCAGAACCAGUAUGCUGUUCAAAACAAGCAGCCUUCACAAACUAGUGCUGGGAAUUACAAUGAUUUCUCUGACCAAGAAUUGCAAUCAUUAUUUUCCCACAAAGACAUUACUGCGUCGCUAGCGGAAGAUCUGUUGAAACAGUUUGGUUCUGGCAGUGAGGAAGAAGAAAAUAUUGACACAUCAGCUGGCUCACAAACUUUAAGCUCUGGCCCAUUUUCACCCACCAACUUACUCAGUAAUGAUGCCAGGACCAGCAACUCUACUUCAGUAACUGUAAAAGAAGAAAAGCCUGACUCAUGUAGCAAGAGUAAUAUAGCAAGCAUUGCAGCUGCAGCCUCUGCUAGUUUGAGACAAGCCAAACCUGUAGGCAAGAUAUCGAAAUAUGAGAGAAAUGGCAGUCCAAGUGGAGAGGAAUACUUAGCUCACGACAUCAAAAAAGAAGCCUCAGUUUUACAGAUGGCCAACCUGAGUGCAAAGCCUGAAUUUCAGCUUACCUUUGAAAGUGAUUCAAAGACUAUCUUAGAGAGUGUGAAGGGUAGGAGUUUAGAUGGAAUAUCAGGCUGCAGUAUUUUAUCAACGAAUGCCCCCCCACCACAGCCACCUGAUCCACCACCACAGAAGCUUACUAGAGAACAGUUGAAUCCCCCUACUCCAUCUGUAUAUCUUGAAAGCAAGAAAGAUGCAUUCAGUCCACAACUUCAAGACUUCUGUCUUCGAAACCCAAUUGCUGUCAUCAGAGGACUUGCUGCUGCUUUAAAGCUAGAUCUGGGACUUUUCUCCACCAAGACUCUUGUUGAAGCCAAUCCUGACCAUGGCAUUGAAGUCAGAACUCAAAUGCAGCAAUCUCCUGAUGAAAACCGGGACCCAGUUCUUGGUCAGAGAGUGUGGUCUUGCAUUUCCCAUCGCUCUCACACUUCAAUCGCCAAAUAUGCACAAUACCAGGCAUCAUCAUUUCAGGACUCUUUAAAGGAAGAGCAAGAGAAGACAACUGGUAUUCAUUGCAGUAAUUUAUCAGACUCUGACUCAAAAGACUCAACAGGCAAUGUUGUGAGGAGAAAACUGAAGAAUGGGGUACAUCCUCAUGGAAAAGUUGCUCCCAAUGGCUGUAAAAUGAUUAAAUUUGGUACAAAUGUAGACCUGUCAGAUGACCGAAAAUGGAAAGCCCAAUUACAAGAACUUAAUAAGUUGCCAGCAUUUGCUAGAGUGGUAUCAGCUGGUAAUAUGUUAUCACAUGUUGGCCAUGUCAUUCUUGGCAUGAACACUGUACAACUGUAUAUGAAGGUACCCGGAAGUCGAACGCCAGGUCAUCAAGAGAAUAAUAACUUCUGCUCUAUCAACAUAAAUAUUGGUCCUGGAGAUUGUGAGUGGUUUGCUGUACCUGACGCAUACUGGGGAGCCUUAAACAACCUUUGUGAAAAGAAUAAUAUGAACUACUUGCACGGUUCAUGGUGGCCAUUAUUAGAAGAUCUAUUUGAAGCAAAUGUUCCUGUCUAUCGUUUCCACCAGAGACCUGGAGACUUAGUUUGGGUUAAUUCAGGUUGUGUUCAUUGGGUACAAGCUGUUGGAUGGUGCAACAACAUUGCUUGGAAUGUCGGUCCUCUGACUGCAAGACAAUACCAGCUAGCGAUAGAACGUUAUGAAUGGAAUAAGCUUCAAAGCUACAAAAGUAUUGUUCCUAUGGUUCAUUUAUCAUGGAACCUUGCUAGAAAUAUAAGAAUUGUUGAUCCCAAAUUAUUUGAAUUAGUAAAGAACUGUUUAAUGCGCACUCUUCAUCAUUGUGCCCUAAUUCUUGAAUUUGUGAAAUCCAAGGGAAUUGAAGUGCGGUUUCAUGGUAGAAGAAAGGAUGAAGCUUCUCACUACUGUGGUCAGUGUGAGGUCGAAGUCUUUAAUAUACUCUUUAUCAGAGAACAAGAAAAGCGGCAUGUUGUACACUGUAUGGAUUGUGCUCGCAAGCAGUCACCAUCUCUUGAAGGAUUUGUCUGCCUUGAAGAAUAUAGCAUGUCAGAUCUGUGUAGUGUCUAUGACCAAUUUAAGUUUUCAUCAGUGCCUCAUCCACAACCUUUAACAAGCACUUGAUGUCCAGUUGGCGCAGAAGGAAUGCCUCUGUCCCCACCCCUAUCUGCGCCAUUCUCUUCACCUGAUCCAUUUUCUUGGCCUGAUCCACCAACCCCUCUGUUCUGAAGUCAAAGAAAUUGGUGAACACGCUGUAAUCACUAAACUCAUCACUGCCUGGAGGGGAGGUGUCUUCUAUAUUUAUUGGGUGUUUAAUUUAUAUUUGUAUAUAGAGAGAUUUAUUUGGACAAUGUUAUGUAAUUACUUAUAUUGGACAUGUUACUGCUUGUUGAAGGCUUCUCCUCAUGGCAGAAAAAUCUGUGAGAUGGAGUUUUUAUCACUUCGACCCUGCUGGCAGGUGUAUGCUGUAACCACAUCAGCACAUUUGGCUUAUUCUUUGUGGUAUGAGAGUGUGUGGAAAAUAAGCACCUACCGUGAGCCCACCAAUACUGUUGUCUUUGUGAUCUUUUCACAUGAAGAUAGAAUUUGGAAAAUUUAUUAAUUAAUUGUGAUCUCAUUCCAAGUUAAUUCUAUGUGUCAAUGUGGUGUUGUUGCUGGAGGUCUUGUUAUUCUUGUUACCAGUCCAUUCUCUGAAAUUUAUAUUGCUUUGUGCACAUACAUUUUAUACAGCCUUGUAUGUAUGUGAUUUAAUUAUUUCCAAGAUAUGUAAAUAUGACAUAUAUGAAGAUUUUGUACAUAUACCUAUUGUAUAUAUUAAUUUGAUAUAGUCUGUUUUUAAAUUACUGAAAGAUGUUUUAAAUUUAUGCACUUAAUCAUAACAGUGCGAAAAUCAGAAGAUACUACCCAUACUGUGUUGAAUUUAAAAGUAAGGACACUUUACUUCAAACGUUCUGUUUGAAUUCUUACUAAAAGUGUGUAUUUUUACUCUGUCAGCAACAGGAAACUCGCUGAGAAAUAGCCUGAAAAGUAUGUUUUGACUUGUAGAGAGUCUCCUAACUUGAAUAGCUCCCAUUGAUUUUAGUCAAGUCUGAUAUUAAUACUGUCUUGGUGAAUGAAACAGUGUUAAACAAGAUGUGUAUGCAUCAGCCCCUUUUUCCUUAUUGGCUAUACAAUGUUUAAAAGAUACAUGUGAUAAUCUCACACAAGUAGUCUGUUAAUAAUUGUACAGUUUCCACUCGCCAGGCUGAUGCUUUGAAGCUAACAGCGUUCUUUGUGUGCUUUUACCUCACAAUUUGUUUUAUUUUUAUUGAAUUUUUGCCUGAUAAAAGGUGAACAUUGGUGGUGUAUUCAGGGCCUCAGUCCGGCGCGUGCAAGUUGCAAUGUGUAUGUGUAUGAUCCAAACAUAACGUUUAUUCAUGCAAUAUUUAAAUUAUGUGAUUAUGUGAUAAGACUGAACCAAUCUUGUCUUUAUUGCUUAACUACACUGCCAUGGAUGACAAAGGAUCACCCUCUAUGCAAUUUAUAUUACAUCCUUUUGUAAUUGAAUCAUAUUGUAUUGUUUUCUUAUCAAUAUUCACCUUCCUCUUUUCCCAUUAUGCCUUCUGUAUAGUUUUUCUUUGUUUUGUGUAGUCCUCCUCUUGUUAUUGUUGUUAAUGCAAUGAAUUGCAUUUGUGAAACUAGGCAUGUCCCUGUAAAAUAAGCUCCUGUACUUCAGAUUCAGUGCCCCACUUUUUCUGCGCCAUGUUAAAUAUUCAGAGAUUAGCUAUUCAGUUUAGUUAGUGAGGCUUGGUUGUCCUCAUGAUUAUUUAUAGUGUAUAACACUAAUGUCAAUUGUAUUCUUUUUGAAAGAAAAGCCUAAUUGAAUGUGUUCAGUUUGUUGAAGGACCAUCCGUUUUAUAAAAUGACUUCAUAGUUUUCAAAUAUUUCACAAUUCUGACUCUUCUGUUGUCACAAGUUUUCCUAAAUAUAUGAAUAUUUUUCUUUUGUUUUCUCAAAUUGUAGAAUUUUUUAAAAGAUCAAACCCAUUUCUCCACAUGCAGGGUUAAUGCCUGGGAUAUUGCUGUUUGUACCAUGACUUUUCGGUUGUAAAAUUCAUAUUUUACCAACUUGAGGAGGAGUGCACAAGGUCAUUCUGUUCAGCUCAAGCCAUAAAUGUGUUCAUUUUUAACAUGUACCUGCUUUAAGAAUGGUUAAGCUGGAUUUUAUGUAAGAUUAUGAAUGCAGUGAACUCUCUCUCCAAUUCCAAGUCAUAAAUAGUCUCUACAUAUUUUGUAUUUUGGUUUGGAACCACAUAGUGUAUCUCAAGAUAGAUUUGUUCAGUGACUAUUCUUUGCACUACCUCAAACUUCUAAAUUUUCUUUUAAAAAUGUAUGUUAAAAUUUUUCAGUCGGUACUUCUUAAAUGUAAGCCAUUGUACACACUUGCUGUUCACUAACUGUGGAUGUUUCCUUGCAUAGAAAUCGGAGCUCACUUUUUCCUCUAAGUCCAUAUUCACCUUAUUUUUUAAAUAUUUUUUUGUGGACAGAAUGAAGAAUGAGUCUCCGGAGGCAGAGAGCCGUUUUUCAAUGUUUUAUCUGGUCUUUGUUGAAAACUAAUUGGCUCUAAUCAGAAAAGCAAUUGACAAAUAGAUUCAGACUUCUGAUCUAAUCCGGCAUUAGUUUCAUUUUUUUACCUGCUGUCAGGUCUUGUGAGCAAGUUGAAGGCAUUAAAAUUUAGUUACCCUAUAUCUUUUUCUUGGUUGCCCUCAGUUUAGGUUAACCUACGGUAUAUGUCCAUUAUUGGAAAUACCUGUCAAUGCAUUGUAGUUGUGCCCUAGAUUAGGAGCUGAACAAAUGUCAACCAAAUUAUUUUAGAUUUCUAAAAAAUCAGUGGAAGUGAACAAACAAUUAAAUGAAUGGCUUGUGAUAUACUGUAAGUAAGAAUUGAUUUUUCCUAGCACAAUUUCUAUUUGAAAAGUCUACUGCAUCUACUUAGUGUGGGGUUUUACGAAGACUUAGUUUAUUGGGUAUCAAUGGGUUUGGCUUUUGGCUGUAUCAACUUCUAAUCUUGGGUAGCCUCUACUUCACUGUAUUUUUCCUUAAAUGUUAGCUGAAGAGAAAAUAUAUACACAAGAAGUAA